CCGCCGCCGCCGUCCGCCGCACCUCCUUCCGCCGACAUCAGGCCACCGCCACCAUGACGCGCACCAGCGAGGGCAUCACGGCGCUGCUGGCCGCCGAGAAGAAGGCCACAGAGAAGAUCGAGGAGUCAAAGCGACGCAAGGUGCGCACCCUCAAGGCGGCGAAGGAGGAGGCCGACAAGGAGGUGGAGCUGCUGCAGAGGGAGCACGAGAGACAAUUCAAGAAUUCCGAGACGGCCAACACUGACAGCAAGGACGCCAUGGUCACCCGGGUCGACGCGGAGACGGCGCAGCGCCUGAAGGCCAUGCAGGCCGAGGUGGUGGAGCACAAGGAAAAGAUCAUCGCCCGUAUUCUGGAGAAGGUGUACGAGAUCACGCCCCAGAUGCACGAGAACGUGCGGUUCGACCAGGAGGAGGACUGAAUGCUAGGCGAAUGGGGAUAGAGGAGAAGACGGGCUGCGUUCACUUAUUCUUUACGUAACAGAAAGUCUCGCAUGGAGGACGUCGAUAUGGAGGGACAGUGCCGAACACUGGCGCAUGGGCAGGGGCAGGGGUGGCGGUGACCCCUCUCCGAAACCACGCUCCGUCUGCUAUGAUAUUGAUGAGAUUGAAUGUUCUUCAGGGUGCUCAUGAGCAUUUGUUGGCAAACAUGACUUGUUUCAAGCUAUGGUUGGUGCGAUAAUUAACUAAAAAUUGUGGUGUCCAACAACCAAGUCCAAUAUUUGAAAUCACAUAGUAAGGUCUCUUGAUGCAUGUUUGUUCUGUGCCUCGUUUUGUUUCAGUGGCAUAUUGAAAACCAAUAUAUGGAGGCAAUGCUGUGCCAAGGCAACA